CUGCACACGUCCUGGCGAUAACAGGAACACAACAGGUCAUAGCUUGACUUCCUUCCUCCUCACAAUCCAACAUACCCCCACCCACCAUCUCCACUGGAUUCCAAAACAUCACUUCUCGGACCUAUCCAACCCGCCGACCCGUCAAACCCACCCACCAUGUCUGUCGACCCCUCAACAACCGAGCCCUCAUCCUUCACCCCUUCCAUCCCCACCGAAGCCGUCGUAAAAGCCACAGACGACAUCUACAUCGAGCUCACGCCGCACGACCUCGACUCGCGCGCACUAACAACCUUCGUGCGGUCGCCCAGCGCCGGCGCCACCGUGCUCUUCAUCGGCAGCACACGCGACUCGUUCAACGACCUGCCCGUCUCGAGUCUAGCGUACACCUCGUACACGCCGCUGGCCAAGAACACGCUGUUCAAGAUCGCGGCAGAGGUGCUGGAGAAGCACAAGUGCACCAAGAUCGCAAUCAGCCAUAAGCUCGGCGAGUGCCCGAUCGGCGAGGAGAGUAUUGUUGUGGCGGUUAGUGCGCCGCAUCGCAAGGCGGCGUGGUUGGCGGGCGAGGAGGCACUGGAGUUAACCAAGGAUAGGGCGGAGAUUUGGAAGUUGGAGAGGUUUGAGGGGGGAGAGGGCGUGUGGAGGGCGAAUAGGGACGGGGUUAUGGGGACUAAGGUGCCGAAAGAGGAGGAGAAAGGGCUGCCAAAGGUGUAG